UAUAUGUUAGUAAAACGGAAAGAAAAGCUCAGAGACCUCUGCUCUGCCUCCACCGCCGUCUGCUCUCGCGGUGGUCGUGCACAUUGGCUUCUACGUCAAGCCCUCUGUCCAUUCUUCAGUUAUAUUUUCCCGAAUUGCAGGCUGGAAUUGGAAUUUUUUAGUAGCAAGUGAAGCCUGAUGGCAUUUUUCGAAGGAAAAUCCGGUGCGUUAGUUUCUUUACAAGACAUGCGCCCAUCGUCUCCUUUUUUCAAGCAAGGAACAUCAGUCAGAAUAAUUGGAAAGUUACACGAAUACUCUUCAGAGACAGGACUAGCAACAGUAAUCGAUGGUAAUGACAUUCUAAAAGUUAGUACUGAGCAUCUGAAGGACCUUAAGUUUCAAGUUGGAUCUGUCUACCAAUUCAUUGGUGAGCUUCUUAUCCGAACUGAUAAUGAGGGAGUUUUGCAGGCACAUGUUGGUAGAAAUGUCGACGGGAUUGAUCUCAAUCUUUAUCAUCAGUCCUUGCUGCUUUUGAAACAGUUUCAAGCCAAUCAUUUGAAUAAUUCAGCAACUUAACUUUGUAGGAUUAUAUUUGUCUCAUAAUAUAAAAAGAUAGAAGGUUGCUCCCUUAAUAUUUUCAUAGAAGUAUGUUGUCACAUAGAGACACCGAAAGCAUAAGCAUAUUUAUAUGCUUCUUGGACAAGGGCGUGAUGUUGCACUCAAACUCUAGUGUUUGUCAUGUAAACAGAAUAUUUACAAGUUACAACCUUCAUGGUGACAUUUCAUUUUAUUAUAUUCUUUCUUUUGGCUACAAAUAGGACAUGAUGACAUCAAAGAGUGUGGCUUUUAUUUGAGUUGGAUUAAGCUGUGCAUGUUUCACGGGGACAUUUAUUUGUAAAUGUGAGGCUCUGCGACAAACUUAAGGUCACCCUGAUUGUGCAAUGUGAUGAAUUUUAAUAUGCUUUA